AUGAAUCAAUGGCCACUCUAUAACCUCAAUGAAUUAUCUAAGGAUAAUAUAGACGAUCAUAUCUUUGAACUAUACUCAGAAAACACACCGCCAAACAACCUAGGUUUUAUAGAUAAAUCCAGAAACAAUCUAUUAGUUACAUUACCUCAGUCACAAAUGGAUCUAAAUAUAAAUCAAUCAAUAUCACAAUUAUCUUCCAAAACUUCGAAAAAUAGUACAACGGGGUUUAUAUGCUGGCAAGUAUCUGUAUUGUUUGCUGAUUGGCUCUUGUCAAAAGGUUGUCCCUUUAGGCUCAAUAAAGAAUUGGUGGUUUUGGAGUUAGGUUCAGGAAUUGGUGGAGUCUGUGCAUCUAGUUUACUGUCCAAAGUUGGUAAUUUUAUAGCUACUGACCAGAAACAUAUUUUGAAAUUGCUCAAGGAGAACAUUACGAGUAAUUGUGAGUUUAGAAGUUCAACGAUUGAAGUUUCAAAUAAAUCCUCUACGAUUAUUGACGUGAUUGAAUUUGAUUGGGAGGAAUUGGAGCAAGGAAUGUAUAACUAUGGCAAAGUAUCUGACACAUUACCUAACCUAGUGAUAGCUUGUGAUACAAUUUACAAUGAGUAUUUGAUUACACCUUUCAUUAAUACUUUAAAAACUUUACUUGUUGGUGAUGCAAUUGCGUUGGUGGCUGUUCAAUUGAGAGAUGCUAUAACUUUGGAAAAUUUUGUCACUACUUUGGUUAAUGAUCAAGAGCUAAAAGCUUUUAAUGUACCUAAACAAUGUUUGAGUGAUGAGUUGAGUGUUGGGUUUCAAGUUUAUUGUAUAAAGAAAGCUCUGUAG